CUCGCUCGCUCGCGCCCGGCGCGGGUCGGGAAUCCAGAGUCCCGGCCCGCCCGGGCCAUGUCAGCGGAGCCAGAGCUCAUUGAGCUGCGAGAACUGUCACCUGCGCGGCGCCCAGGCCCUGGCCGCACCCGGCUGGAGCGCGCCAACGCGCUGCGCAUCGCUCCGGGCUCCGCGCGCGACCCCGCACGGCAGCUGGCCCCCGGCCGCGGCCACCGCUUCCAGCCCGCGGGGCCUGCCACACACACGUGGUGCGACCUCUGCGGCGACUUCAUCUGGGGCGUCGUGCGAAAGGGCCUACAGUGCGCGCAUUGCAAGUUCACCUGCCACUAUCGUUGCCGCGCGCUCGUCUGCUUGGACUGCUGCGGACCCCGGGACCUGGGCUGGGAGCCGGCGCUGGAACGGGACACAAAUGUGGAUGAGCCUGUGGAGUGGGAGACCCCUGACCUUUCUCAGGCCGAGAUUGAGCAGAAGAUCAAGGACUACAAUGGCCAGAUCAACAGCAACCUCUUCAUGAGCCUGAACAAGGACGGCUCCUUCACCGGUUUCAUCAAGGUGCAGCUGAAGCUCGUGCGUCCUGUCUCGGUGCCCUCCAGCAAGAAGCCGCCUUCCUUGCAAGAUGCCCGGCGGGGCAUGGGGCGGAGCACAGCCGUGAAACGUCGCACCUCCUUCUACUUGCCCAAGGAUGCUGUCAAGCACCUGCACGUGCUGUCCCGCACGCGUGCUCGAGAGGUCAUUGAAGCCCUGCUGCGCAAGUUCUUGGUGGUGGACGACCCCCGCAAGUUUGCCCUCUUUGAACGGGCUGAGCGCCAUGGCCAAGUGUACCUCCGGAAGCUGUCCGAUGAUGAGCAGCCUCUGCGACUGCGUCUCCUCGCCGGGCCCAGUGAGAAGGCCCUAAGCUUUGUCCUGAAGGAAAAUGACUCUGGGGAGGUGAAUUGGGAUGCCUUCAGCAUGCCUGAACUACACAACUUUCUGCGCAUCUUGCAGCGGGAGGAGGAGGAACACCUUCGACAAAUUCUGCAGAAGUAUUCCUAUUGCCGACAGAAGAUCCAAGAGGCCCUGCACGCCUGCCCCCUGGGGUGAUAUCUUGUACCCCUGGUGGAAGGAGGGGAGUAGGCAGCGCCGAGAGCGUGCCGUGUGAAUGUGACAGGGCCCAUGUGGCCUGAAGAAUGAGUGUGCAUGGAGGCCCUCUCAUUGGGGAACAAGCCCAGAGAACAGAAGGAGCUGGCCCCGUGUCCACCAGUGGGUAUAGCAGAGCAAGGCUCUGCACUCUUUGGCCCUUUGUGUACUGGGUCAGGGUGGACCAGGGUUGCCCUGGGAAGCUGCUCCAGGCAGCAAGGGUAGUGCAAACAGAAAUAUCCUUAGUUUGGAUCUCAGAUACAACAUUCUUGGAGACUCUACAACAAUAGGGUUUUGUUUGCCAGGAGCAGGGCCUUUGUCUGUGGGGAAAGGUUGUAUGCUUUGAGUAUUGGAUGAGGGGUCAGGACAAUGAGAGUGGAACCAAGGAGGCAGGGUAAGGCAGUCAUCAAGAAGAGUCUCACUGGGCCAGAGAGAUGGUGCAGAGGUUAAGGUGUUUGCCUUGCAAACAGCCAACUUUAGUUUGAUCCCUGGAACAGCCUGGCCCCCCAAGCAGUGCCAGAAAAGACUCUGAGCACCACUGGGUAUGGCCCCAUUUUUUUUUUUUUUUAAAUUAAGAAAAAUGUCUUGGUUUCCCUCUGCAGUGUCCUGACUCCUGCUCAGGUCUUGGUGCCACAGCCUUGGGCCAGGGAGUACUGGCUCAGAGUGCAGCAAUAGUGCCUAAGUGCCUCCUCCCAGGAGGGUGUCCUGGGCCAGGUUUGUGAAUGUGAGCACUGGCCCAGAUCUGUGCCUUGCUUGCCAGCCAAAGCCAUGGUUUUUCCCUCAAGUAUUUUUGAUUAUGUGUGCGAAUGUAUGUAAUAGUUUGUGGCCUCAGCUGAAUGCCUCCUGUGGGGAAAGGGGUGGGAGUAACAGUCAUCAUCAGGGCAUGGGGCCUGAGAGAUUUGGCUAAAUAAAAAUUUAACAGUU